AUGGUUUAGUCACAUGUGUUUGUAGUUUUUUAUUAAACAAAAAAUUUUAUGGAUCAUUGUUUUCUAGUUAAACUUUUUUUUAUUUCUUUAUUAAAGAUAGAUUAAAAAAAUUGAGAAAAAUUUUUAAAAUCGUGAAAAUUUAUACAAAUUGUAGUAUUUUCUACAUUCUUACAAAUUCUAUUCUACAAUAUUAUAUAGUUGAAAAAGUGGAGCAAGUGCCAUGAUUAUUAUUUUAACAGACGUAUGUCUAAAAAAAAUUAAUAGUGUCAAUUGAACCAGUAUCGUUAAGUUUCAUUUGAAAUUAGUAUUUUGACAAACUAACUUUUGUGAAGAUGACUUCUUCCAGCUGGGCGAGUAGUAUUAUCAGUAACCCAAUUCCGAAAUGGCAACUUGCCUUGGUUGUUGGUGCACCGGUUGCCCUUGGACUUGGUUAUGUAUAUUACAAGAAUAAUUCGAAACCCUCGUUAAAACCUACUAGAGAUCAAUUGAAGGAUGGUGUUAAUGAACAUUUGACAAAAUCUGACAAGCAAAUAUCCAUUGAUGGUGAUGUCACUUCCAGUUCAGCGGAACCUCCAAGUGAGGAUCCUAUGAAGAAAGCUCAAAAGUUCAAAGAAAUGGGUAACAAAUACUUCAAUGAUGGAAAAUAUGAUGAAGCAAUUUUGCAAUAUUCUAAAGCGAUUGAAACCUGUUUAGAGGGAAAUCCUACAGAACUUUCUAUAUUUUAUCAGAAUAGAGCAGCAGCAUAUACUAAAUUGAAAAAAUAUAGUGCAGUGAAGGCGGAUUGUAGUAAGGCUUUAGAGCUAAAUCCCAGAUAUAUAAAAGCUUUGAUACGAAGAUCUCAUGCUUUAGAAGAAUGCAACGACCUAGAAACAGCCCUAGAAGACAUUACUGCUGCUUGCAUUCUUGAGCGGUUUGCAAAUGAGCAUUCAUUAUUUUUUGCUGAUAAAUUAUUAAAAGAACUUGGUAGACAACAUGCUCAAGAAUUUAUGGCGACAAAGGAACCGGUCAUGCCUAGUAAACAUUUCAUUAAAACAUACUUCGAAGCUUUACGUAAUGAUCCAAUUCUAAAAGAAUACGAUAUAAUAUCUCAGAAUCUUACAUCUGAAUACGCAAAGGCAGUACAAUGUGUAAAAAAUCAAAAUUAUGAAAAAGUCAUUCCACAUUGCAAUAAAGAAUUAGAGAGUUUGCAAGCAGACAGCACGUCAGACCUUAAAAUGAAAGUUCAUCUACUCCGAGGUACAUUUCAUCUGCUGCUUGGUGAACACGAUAAAGCAAUGUCUGACCUUAAUACGGUAAUAAUGAGUGAUUCUGCCAAUAAGGACCUGAAAGUAAAUGCCUUAAUUAAGAGAGCCAGUAUGCAUGUUCAACUUGAGAAUCCAGAAAAGAGUUUUUGUGACUUUUCUGAGGCAAUUGAACUUGAUUCCAAUUGUGGUGAUAUUUAUCAUAAUCGUGCGCAAGUGAAUCUUCUAUUGGAGAGAAUAGAUGAAGCUAAAGCAGAUUUUGAGAAAGCGGCUCAACUUCAUCCAAAUUCUGGUCUUUUUUAUGUACAAAAAUGUUACGCGGAUUAUCGCUAUGCAACUACAAAGAAAGAUCAAUAUUUAUUGCAAUCAUCAAUGCAAGAUUUUCAAAAGGCAUUUGAAAAAUUCCCAGAUUGUUCAGAAUGUUACACAUUAUAUGCACAGAUUUUGUGUGACUCUCAAGAAUACGAACAAGCAGAUGAAUAUUUUACAAAAGCCAUGGAAAAAGAUCCCCAGAAUGCUACAAUUUACGUUCAUAAAGGUUUAUUACAACUUCAUUGGAAUACAAACAUAGACAAAGCUGUGGAAUACAUAAAGAACGCCUUGGAAUUAGAUGAUAAGUGCGAAUUCGGAUAUGAAACGUUAGGAAGUAUCGAAGUACAAAGGGGUAAUCUGAAAGAAGCCAUUAACCUUUUUGAUAAGGCUCUCAUGUUAGGACGAACUACAAUGGAAGUGACACAUAUUUUCAGUCUAAAAGAUGCUGCAAAAACUCAAUUAACUGUUUCCGAAAGGCUAGGAAUGAAUCUCAUUUCGAACAUCCAUUGAGUUUCUUAACUUCUUUUGAUUUUUAUUGUUGAUGGUAUUUGUUGCUUUGAAAUUAAAUAUAAACUUCAAAUAUUGUCAUCAUAUAGUGAAAACACAAAUUUUAUGCAUUUAUUAGACUGACAUGCAAAGUUUAAGUUUUGCAUCAGAAGAUAUUCACAAUAGUAAUUUUAUUUGUAAAUUGUAAUUAUAUGUAAUUCUUUCAAUAGACUAUAAUCAAACGAGUAAAUGAUAUUUGUUCCAGGUGCCGUUUGCAUUUAACUAAGAUCACGAUAUCUUUGCAUUGUUAUGUAUAUACGAUGAUAUUGUUUAUUUUUUAAAUUGUAAGCUAAAACCAAAAAAAUAUACCAGUUUCUCUAAA